AUGAGCUAUGAUUACACCCAUACCUGUGGACCUGUGGACCUGUGGACCUGUGGGCCUGUGGACUUGGCGUGUGUGGUCAUGGGGCGGAUUGACCCUGAUAGUCCUUUGCACAGUGAUUUUCAGAUCUUAAAAGAAAAAGACGGCGUGGGAGAUAUUUUGCCGAACUUACCUUUUAAGAAAGGGAAACUAAGUACGGACCUGUUUCACAUGAAACGUUCUCUGAGAUACUUUGAAGAGGAGUCCAAGGAUCUGGCCGACCGCCUGCAAUGUUCAUUGCAGCGUAAAGGAGAGUUAGAGCGGGCUCUCUCUGCUGUCAUCGCCACACAGAAGAACAAGGUGGACAGGUUCUCAAGCCGCAGUCAAGCACUUAUUGAGUGGCAGUUAGAGCAGUCCAUACAGGAGAAGGCACGGCUGAAAGCAAGCCUGACACAGUUGAAGGAGUCACUAAGAGAAGCCCAUCUGGAGAGGGAUGAGUAUGUUGAACAUCUAAAAGGAGAGAGGGCCCGGUGGCAGCACAGGAUGAGGAAAAUGUCACAGGAGGUUUGCACAUUGAAGAAGGAGAAGCAGCAUGAUACGCAUCGGGUAGAGAACCUGGAGAGGAGCUUGUCCAAACUCAACAACCGGAUGGCUAAACCCCUGCCCCCGGAGCCCCCAGCAGUGCCCCCUGAGGAGGAGCUGCAGCACCUGAGGAAGGAACUAGAGAGGGUGUCAGCAGAGCUCCAGGCCCACGUGGAAAACCAUCAACACGUAAGUCUCCUGAACCAGGCGCAAAAGGAGAAGCUUCGGGAGCAGGAGGAGACGCUUCAGCAGCUGGUCGAGCCACAGAGCAGCGUCGAGGAGCUGAACAACGAGAACAAGAGCGCACUGCAGUCGGAGCAGCAAGUGGAGGAGGUACAGGAGAAGCUGGAUGAGGAGCACCUGGAGGCUGCCAGGCAGCAGAAUCAGCAGCUGCAGGACCAACUGAGCCUCAUGGCUCUCCCUGGGGAAGGAGAUGGAAGACGACAUCUGGACAGUGAGGAGGAGGAGGGUCCUCGGCCUAUGCUGAGGGUCCCAGAGGACCUGGAGAGCUGGGAGGCCAUGAGCGGCUGUAUGGACCACCUGGAGAAGGCGGACCUGAGGGAGCAGGUGGAGAAACAAGAACUUUGAUUCAUCCAGUACUGGAGAGAGAGAUGCCAUCAGAACGUUCAUCACCUUGUAACAGAGCCAGGGGCUAGUGCCAAAGAUGCGGCAAUGGGAGGAGGACAUCAUCAGGCUGGCCCAGGACAGGGAGGAGAUGAAGGUGAAGCUGCUGGCGCUGCAGGAGAUGCUGUUGCAGCUUGUGGUGACUACAACAAGGGGCACCACAAAUUCCUGGCCACUGCCCAGAACCCUGCUGAUAAGCCCGGUCCAGGAGCCCCAGCCCCCCAGGAGCUUGGGGCUGCCGACAAGCAUGGUGAUCUUUGUGAGAUGAGCCUCACCGACAGCGAGGAGCCUGCACAAGCAGAGGCCACGGAGGGAUCUCCCCAGGACAACCAUUCUGCACAGCACGUGCAGGAGCACCAGGAGCACCCAGGCUUGGGCAGCAACCGCUCUGUGCCGUUCUUUUGCUGGGCUUGGCUGCAGAGAAGAAGGAGAUAAACAUCACCGUCAUCAAAGAGCUGCUCAAGACAUUUUUU